UGUCCAUAAUCACGUUGAUUAUUUGUGUACAUUGGUGUACAUAUAUUUUAUGUUUAAUAAACAAUAUAACUUAGAUCAUAAUAUUUUGAGUAAACAAAGUCAUCAUGACAGAUAGAAAAUCCAAGUUCAAAAAACUCAACUCCAGGAGUGAGAAAUCAUCGAGCAGUUCUGACAGUACAUCUUCAUUUUCUUCAGACGAUGAUACUGAUAAUGAAAAUCUCAAGCCAAUUAAAGAUUAUUUGAUGAAUCGAAGGGAAGCUGCUCGACAAUUGUUUAAAUCAGUAAAGACUGAAAAAAUUCGUAUGAUGUUGCCACAAGAUUUAAAGAAAAUGGACUUGGGAGAAUUAGAAGAAUGGUGUGCCAGUGAGUUGUGUGGUAUGUCUAAGACACGUAUAUUAUCAAUUUUAAAUGGUGCACCAAUGAUAAACUCGUCAGAUACAAGUGAUACUGAUGAUUCUGGUCCAUCAUUAGAAAUAAUAUCUGAUACUGAAGAGUGGCUGUCUGAAGAUUCACAACAAGUUAAACAAGAGCCAUUAUCACCAACAUCAACAUCUAAAAAAGCUAAAACAAAACGUAAAUUAAAAACAACGAGUAAAAAUACAACUGAUAAAGUAAAAUUACGAAAAACAAAAGCUCAGGGUAAUCAACAACAACCACAACAACAGCAGCAACAGCAUGAUAAUGCCAAAAUAAAAAAAGAAAAAGAUCAAGUAGAAACAAAAAAUCAAGAAGGUGAAAGUCUUUUAGAUUUACUUGAACUUGAAAUGCGUGCACGUGCAAUAAGAGCACUUAUAAGAAAAGAAGAAGAUAUUAUACCAACACCAGAUAGUGAACAAAAAUUAACAUCAAAUAUUAAUGCCUUAAAAACAGCAUUAAAUUGUGUAGAAAGUACAAAAAAUAAAACAAAUAUUACACAACAACAAAAAGAAACUGUUGAAGAAAUUGUAGAAAAAAUUGGUGAUGAUGAAGAUGUUGUACUUGUUGUUAGACCACCACCAACAAUUGAAGUAAUUUCAAGUGACAGUGAGCCUGAACAAAUACAAAAAACUGUUAAUAAAAAAUUAAAUAAUACAACAACACCAGAAAAACGUGUUGUUCGUAUUGAUAAAACAGGCAAUGGAUCAGAUGCAUUAAAAAUUGUUGUAACACAAAAUAUAUUAACUGGAGGAUCAUCAGAUAAUUCUGGAUCUCGUGGAAAGUUAAAGAUUAAAACUAAAAAAGAUAAAGAAAAUAAUGAAAAUAAAACUGCUGAAAAUUGUGAUAAAGAAAGUAGUGAGCUUAAUACUAAUCCAAAAGAAUCAACUGAAACUACUAAUCUUUUAAUUAAAAAAGUUAAAAAGAAGCAUCAUCUGAGAGUUGAAAAUAGGUCUACUAUAACUGAAAUAAAUGAUAAGUCUUUAGAUGAUACUGAUGAAUCAAUUGAAGAAGGUGAAAUCACAUCAGAUAUGCCAGAAUCUUCAAUAAAAGAUAAUAUUAUUGAACCACCAGUUAUUAAAGAAGAAAAAAAAAGUCCAAUUAGAAGCAAUAAAAUUAAUAUAGAUGAUGAUGAAAUAGUAGAUUUAGAUGAUUAUCCAGAUGACAUGUAUAACAUUGAACCUGAUGAAAUUGAAACAGUAGAAGAUGAAAAAUUGGAAGAUAAAACAAACGUAGAAAAUGAUAAAACAAAUCAAGAAAAUGAUAAAAUAAAUCAAGAAAAUCCAUCAGAAUUAGCUGAAACUUGGGCAACUCGUUAUUAUCAAACAGACAAUGUGCAAAAUGUUAUUAAAGAGUCUAAAAUUCAAUCAGAAAUACGUAAACGUUUACGUGAACGACAAAGAUUAUCAAAAUUAAAUAAUUCACCAAAAGCUGUUCAAACAACAAGUGAAGAGAUUCCUGCACCAAUAAAACCAAAACCAACAGGUUCAGUUGAAGAAUAUUUUGCUUUAAAAGAAGCUGAUACUGGCACCAUCACCUCAGUAAUUUCAGAAUCAAGUGAAAUUAUUAAAGACAAAAUUGAUGAGCUAUCAAGUCCUGUUAUUGCAACUAAAGAGAUAAUUAACUCUGUAAUUACCAGUCCAUCAACAUUACCACCUGAUGGUCUUUGUGAACCAGCAAUUACAAGUGCAGUAAUUGAUACUCCAUCAUCAUAACCAAUUUAUUCUUUAAUCGUAAAUAAUCCAAUUUUAUUUUUUAAAUUAAAAAAAAAAAAAAAUUUAUACUGCUUAACACAAAUGUAAUUAACACUCAAAAUUAAAUUAAAAUUAUUUAUAGGUAUAUUAAGACAUCUAAAUAUUGUGAAAGACAUAAAUUUUCUUCUCAUAAAUUUGCCAAUAAAAAAAAAACUUUACAAAAUUGAGGUGAACUACAGUUGGAACAGUUGAGUGGAUAGUAAAAAGGAUAAUAAAAAAAUGCAAGAAGUUGACUUCAUUAUAGCAACUUCUGCAGUAUAGAGUGCUUCAUAAAAAUUAGGCAA